AUGCGUUUCAACGCUGCUUUGGCUUCGGCCCUCGUGUCGUCGGCUGGCCUCAUGGGCUACGUCCACGCCGACGAGGAAGUUCCUGCUCCUGAUGCCACCACCGCUGGUGUUGAGCGUCCUACAUUCACUCCUUCAACCAUCAAAGCUCCCUUCUUGGAGCAGUUCACUGAUGACUGGGACCAGCGAUGGACCCCAUCUCAUGCCAAGAAGACUGACUCUGAAGCCACCGAGGAUUGGGCCUACGUUGGAGAGUGGUCGGUUGAGGAGCCUACCGUCUUCAAGGGCAUUGAGGGCGACAAGGGUCUCGUGCUGAAGAAUGCCGCUGCCCACCACGCCAUCUCAGCCAAGUUCCCCAAGAAGAUUGAUAACAAGGGCAAGACUCUUGUCGUUCAGUAUGAGGUUAAGCCGCAAAAUUCCCUCGUUUGCGGUGGUGCCUACCUGAAGCUGCUCCAAGAGAACAAGAAGCUCCACGCCGAGGAGUUUUCCAAUGCCACCCCUUACGUGAUCAUGUUUGGUCCGGACAAGUGCGGCAGCACCAACAAGGUCCACUUCAUCUUCAACCACAAGAAUCCAAAGACGGGCGAAUACACCGAGAAGCACUUGACUAGCCCCCCAUCCCCCCGCACCGACAAGACUACCUCCGUGUACACUCUAAUUGUCAAGCCUGACCAGACCUUCGAGAUCUUGGUCAAUGGCGAGAGCGUCAAGAGUGGUAACCUCUUGGAGGAUUUCUCUCCCCCGGUUAACCCUCCUAAGGAAAUCGAUGACCCUAAGGACAAGAAGCCUGAUGACUGGGUUGAUGAAGCUAAGAUCGCUGACCCUGAGGCCAAGAAGCCCGAGGAUUGGGACGAGGAAGCUCCAUUCGAAAUUGUCGAUGAGGAGGCCACUAAGCCCGAAGACUGGUUGGAAGAAGAGCCUCUGACCGUCGCCGACCCUGAGGCUGAGAAGCCUGAGGACUGGGAUGAUGAGGAAGAUGGUGACUGGAUCCCUCCUACCGUCCCUAACCCUAAGUGUAACGACGUCUCUGGCUGUGGUCCUUGGUCCGCCCCAUUGAAGAAGAACCCUGACUACAAGGGCAAGUGGACGGCCCCCUUGAUUGAUAACCCUGCCUACAAGGGACCAUGGGCUCCUCGUAAGAUCAAGAACCCUGAGUUUUUCGAGGACAAAACCCCAGCCAACUUCGAGCCUAUGGGAGCUAUUGGUUUCGAGCUCUGGACUAUGCAAAAUGACAUCCUGUUUGACAACAUCUACAUCGGUCACUCUGUUGAAGAUGCUGCCGAAUUCCGCAAGCAGACCUUCGAUGUUAAGAAGCCUAUCGAGACUGCUGAAGAGGAAGCCGCUAAGCCCAAAGUUGAUGAGAAGGCUAAGACCAGCGUCUCCUUCAAGGAGGACCCAGUCACUUUUGUCAAGGAAAAGGUUGACCAGUUCAUCACUCUCGCUAAACAGGAUCCUGUCGAGGCUGUCAAGACUGUUCCUGAGGUUGCCGGUAGCCUGGGAGCUAUUCUGCUCGCUGCUAUCCUCUUCAUUGUAGGAGCUAUUGGCGCGAGCAGCCCUGCCCCAGCUAAGGUUGCCGAAAAGGGCAAGGCUGCAGCUAGCGCUGCCAAGGAUAAGGCCGCUGAAGGUGUUAGCUCUGCUACAGAUGCUGCCAAGGGUGCCACCAAGCGCGCCACCCGUUCGUCUGCUGAGUAG